AUGGCCGCCGCCGCGCUGUGCCACCGCGGGCGGGCGUGGUCCUGUGAGGGAUUUAGGAUCAAAUCUUUACAUGUCUUGUGUCCGCUGCGGCUGAUCGUUGUGUGUAUUGUGUUAGUACACAUUUUCACGUGUAUUUCACGUUGUCUUGACUGCAGAAGAGAAACAAUACCUUCAAUUGUAUUUGUUUUAUUUAUAGAAAAUGGAAUAAUUAAAUCAGACAAAGUAUUUGAAGUAAUGCUGGCUACAGACCGUUGCCAUUAUGCAAAAUACAACCCAUAUAUGGAUUCUCCUCAGUCUAUAGGUUUCCAAGCAACAAUCAGUGCUCCACAUAUGCAUGCAUAUGCUCUUGAACUUCUGUCUGAUCAGUUACAUGAAGGAGCCAAAGCACUUGAUGUAGGUUCUGGAAGUGGAAUCCUUACAGCAUGCUUUUCACGAAUGGUUGGUCCCAAAGGACAAGUUGUAGGAAUUGAUCAUAUCAAAGAACUAGUAGAUGACUCAAUAAAUAAUGUCAAAAAAGACGAUCCCACAUUGCUGUCUUCAGGAAGAGUGAAACUGAUUGUGGGAGAUGGAAGAAUGGGAUAUGCAGAAGAAGCUCCCUAUGAUGCGAUUCAUGUAGGAGCUGCAGCACCAGUUGUGCCCCAAGCACUUAUAGAUCAGUUAAAACCUGGCGGAAGAUUGAUAUUACCGGUUGGUCCUGCAGGGGGAAACCAGAUGCUUGAACAGUAUGACAAACUAGAAGAUGGCAGUGUCAAAAUGAAGCCUCUGAUGGGAGUGAUAUAUGUGCCUUUAACAGAUAAAGAGAAGCAGUGGUCCAGGGAUGAAUUGUAAAAGCUACAUCAUCUUGACCCAAACAUAGUGUUACAGUGGACUGCUCAUCUCCAGUUCUAAAAGCUUUUUGAAAACCAACAGCAUUGCAGCUUGUUUUGGACUUCGUUAUACUGUUGUUAUCAGCAUGGAAAAGCGUGGUGUUUGUUUUAUUUUCUUAGAUGCUCAAGGCAAACCUGAUAAAGACAUGGUGGAAAGUUCUAUGUGGGCACUGUUUUAUUUAACAUGCCUUUAUUUUACUUUCAUCUGUUGAAAGCGGAUUUCUGCAGAGCUGCAGACGAAGACCUAUAGCUUGUGAACUCUAAUUUUGAUGGGGGUACUUGAACACUCACUUCUCUUGGCUCCUGUGUCCCUUGGUAAAACUGCUUCUGUGCACCUUACGACACUACAUAGGUAAUAUCAGGUUUUCUGUGUUCCAAUGUCUGCUAGAUGCUACUAAAAGGAGAUGAACUUCCUUUUUAAGCUUUUGACAUGGUGUCAUAGACUAGCAUGUAGUAGAUACAAUCAGCUGCUUUACUACCUUAAAACCAGGCAUUUGUAAAUAUUAAACUUAAGACAUCAGAGGUGGCCACUCUUACUAAAUAUUGCUGUUGGGCAUAAGACAUUGUUUUCCCUUCCCUUCUCCGUUAACUAAUGGAGUCUUGAAACUGGUUUGGUUUGUAGCUGGCUGCUGAUACAGUACACCUAAAUUCAGGUCCAUAAAUAUGAUGCAAACUCCAUCCCAGUCGCUGGGGUAAUUAACGUAAAAGCAGAAAGGAGGUUGUGCUUGUGUGGAGGAUUAGGGUCAGCAUGUGGUAGACACACAGGUCUUUAGGUUCUUUAAAAAUAGGAAUUAAAAAUUGAAUGUUUAGUCCUAAGUGAAAGUUGCUUUUGACAAAGCCGCCUGCUGUAUUUACGUUCUCCUUUUUCUGUGGGCACCCAGGAAGAAGUCUGGGUUUUUAGAAAGCGAACUCUUUAUUAUUAUACAAUGAAAAUGUGAUACAGUGGAAGGCUAUAAACUUUUUUUUUCCCCAAGUUUUCUGUUUGCGUAUGGCAAAAUGACAGCAGGCAAAUGCAAAGCAGUACAGGAAAUUGAGCUGCUUUGGGAAAGUGGGGAAGCCUGUCUGAGCCUUCUUGCUCAGAUGGCACAACCAGAAAAUAAGGUAAACAGCAUGUUGAUAUUCUUUUUUUUUAAUGAUAAAAAGGAUUAUAAAACAAAAAACUGUAUAAAAGCAACAUAUAGUGAUCACUGCAAAAUGCAUUUGGCUGUUUAUGGUGGAACAGCAAUAUUUUUGUGACAGGUUUAAUCACUGAAAGGUUAAAAUUCAGAGGCCUCCGAAUAUAAAAGAGGUAACAUCGUAAGUAAAACAUCUCAGAUAACCUUCCUUUUGAAGGUCAGCUCAAUCCCAUUCCUCUGUGAACGCUACGUAUCGAUUCACUUAGAUGUUUGGAAGUUACCGUACCACCUCCUGAUCUGACUGCAGCCUGGGAGCACACACACGAAGAUGAAUCUUACAAAGGAAUUAAUGUAGCGUGUAUUCUAGGAAAUACAAUUCAGAAAAACCCACUUGCGUCUGACAAAUUUGUACUAACCCACAAUCAACUGUGAAUCUAGUUCUUGGUGUUGAAGUGAAAUAUCUUAAAUGAUGCAUGCUAAUGUUCAGCCUUUGGUCACUGUUUCAUUCAAUUUGAGUUCAGCUUUUAUUUACAUCUUCUCACUAAUUUGAUCAGUCAAAUGAGAGAUUAAGAGCUCAACUGUAUCCAAAUUCUCGUCUCUGGGCACAGUGUGACAAGCUAGCCUAGCUUGGAAGAGGUGACAAAGCUGAGACCUGGCAACAGCCUUUUGGGGGAGAACCACUUCAGGAGGUGCAAGGCUUCAGGGACCAAGGUGGCCGGGAGUGUGGCGCCCGUUCCACGGAAGGGGUUGAGGUGGUCGAGGUACUCGGGCAGAGAGGAGUAUCCAGGAGUAGCAUUUAGGAAUCGGGAAACGAAGACCCCUCCGUGACAGAGCAAUGGUUCUGAAGUAAAAGCUUCUUGGAGAAGAGGACAAGUUGUCAUGCGGAAGAUUUGAAGAGCUUGAAUAAAUGCUGUGUGAACUGUCUGAAUUGCUACUUUGCCAAAUAAAACGAAUUGAGAGGAAGCUGUA